AUGCUCCUCCUGCACCAGGUCGGGUCCGUCAAGAUCGGCGAGGUCGUCAGGUAUACCGUGACGUACCGGCCGAGCCACGACCGCAUCCUACCCUCGCCUGAGGCCCUGCACCUACGCAUCCGCAACACCUCGGCCAUUGCCCUGCGCGCUGCCUUCGUACACGGACCCUACACCCUCAACGUCGCCGCCUAUCCGGCCCACUUCGACCCGAAUGUCCGCUUCGAGGACCCGCGCCUCUAUGGCGUCCCCGAGUUCGAGCCCAUGCUCAAGGCCGGCGGCACCUGGACCUGCCAACUCACUGUGCCCGAGCACAUACGCCAGACCGCCGGCCAGGGCGCCAGCCGCGGCCACUUCGGCGGGGAGGAGCACGAGCAGGACAGUGUGAGCUGGAUUAUCGAGAUCGACAGCCAGGUCAUAUUCUCGAGCUCCGCCGCCGUCGGCUAUGAGGUUCUGCUCGCCAGGGACGACAAAAGCUUCAACCUGGGCAGUGCACCGGUCAUGGGCAGCGGGCAAGCGCAGGUUCCUCAGCCAGGCAGGGUUAGCGACUUCCAGCAGAGCAUCGGAGCCAAGGAUGGUCAUCACCCGGCCCAGAUGAAGGGUGUUUUCUCGAAGGCCGUCACGUUGAAAGUUGAGGACACAGCUAGCUUGUGGAAUACGCCAAGGUUACCAGGCUGGGACGAGUGGGGACACGGGCGGCCGAAAGAGAUGAAUCUGGGCAGAGAUAUCGCGACAGACGCCGCCGGCCCCCCGAGGAAUGCGGACAAGGCGACGGCAAAAAGCAUUAGGGAGGAUGAAGAGAUCAAGAACAAGGAGCGCCCGCCGAAGAAGGUGCAUCUGGUGGUGAUAACGCACGGUCUGCAUAGCAACCUUGGAGCCGACAUGUUGUACAUGAAGGAGAGCAUUGAUGCUGCGGUCAAGCAGGCCAAGAUUGAUGCCAAGGCAAGAAGGGCGAAACAAAAGGCUGAAGGAAAAGCAGAGCAGCAACAAAACAACGCUGAGGCUACCCAAAAUGAAGCAAAGAGCAGCGAUCCAAAGGGGGUACCCUCCGCUGAGGAGGAAGAUGAAUACGAAGACGAGGACGUCAUCGUUCGAGGCUUCUCAGGAAAUGCCACUCGCACAGAAAGGGGCAUCAAGUUUUUGGGCAAGCGUCUGGCACGGUUCAUCUUGUCCAUGACAUAUCCGGACCAGCCGUUUCUCCCGUCUGUGAAAUCGACGGCUGAGACUAUAGCUACUGCAUUCAAACCCGAUACCGAGAAAGGGGACAAGCCCGCACACAAGCACAGUUCGAUACAUCACCCCAAGCAUCAUGACCAUCAGCGGGCUUUUCAGAUUACCAGCAUCAGCUUCAUAGGACAUUCUCUGGGCGGGCUGGUACAGACGUACGCAGUUGCAUACAUUCAGAAACACUCGCCGCAAUUCUUCACCCUGAUCCGGCCGAUGAAUUUCAUCACGCUUGCGUCGCCGCUCCUGGGUCUUAGUAAUGAAAACCCCCUUUACGUCAAGUUUGCCCUCGAUUUCGGCUUAGUCGGCAGAACCGGACAGGAUCUCGGUCUUACGUGGAGGGCCCCUACCAUUGUCCGGAGCGGAUGGGGCGCACUCGUCAGCACUCUAGGUGAAAGCGCCCACAAGAAAGUCAUGGGUGAAGUCAGGCCCGAGUCCAAACCAUUAUUGCGAAUUCUGCCAACCGGUCCGGCACAUGUGGCAUUGAAGAAGUUCAGGAACAGGACAGUGUACUCAAACGUGGUGAACGACGGCAUCGUUCCUCUCAGGACCAGCUGUCUCCUCUUCUUGGACUGGCAAGGGCUGGGACGUGUCGAGAAAGCCCGCAGAGAGGCGGGGAUCGUCGAAUCCGUCAUCGGCUUUGGAUGGGCCGAGUUGACGGGGGCUAAUGUUACUUCUCCUCGAAGAGGUCCGUGGUCUCCUGAGGGAGAAUCAGGGCCGCCACAACAAGUUCCCCCAAUUUCUGCUGUGUCAUCUGAGCCUAGUUCGGACCGCGAAGACUCCAGAGAGGUUCCACUGCCCGCCACCAACGCAACAGUUGAGGACGAUAGACAAAGCCUCAGUCUUACCACGCCAUACCGUGAGGAGCCACCAGCACAGAAUUCACAGACUCAGAACGAAGGACCAUUAUCUGGGUUCUUCAACUUCUUCAAACCAAAGGAAGCACCACCCUCGCCGGCCCCGAAGUCUCCUCGGCCCAGUUCGCCCAAGGGGUCGAAGAUAUACAAACGAAGCCAGACUCUUAAGCUUGAGAACGACUCGGCUUCCUCAAGCCAGUCCAAGGUGACAAGUGGGCAUGAGCUGGACACCGAUGAACAGAACCCCAUGUCGGGACCUCCACGGACCAGCUUCUUCGAGUCAGCGGGAGAUCUACUGAAUCCCAAGCUGCCCUCCGUGGAAUACUUGAUUGAUCCAUCAAAGCGUCCUAGGGCGAUCUUCCAUGAUCGUGUCUAUCACCCUUCUGACAUCCCAUCUCCACCGCUGAAGAAGCGGCCUACCGGAUCCCUUGCGAUGCGGCAGAAGUCCUUCUCGCGUAGCGCCGGGUCACAAAAGCCGCCCAAGAUAGAGAGGCACGAUAGCACCUCGUCCUCUCCUUAUCAAACCCCGCAUCCCGGUGUCUCACACGAGGGCUCAGGACUCUCGACCAUGGAUUAUGACGACUUGCUGCACACAAGUCCCGAUCACGACCCGAACGAUGUCAUCGACAGUUCCAACAUGAGCGUUGAAGAGAAAAUUGCCCGUGCCUACCACAAGGGCCUGAGUUGGCGCAAGGUGCUCGUGAAGCUCGAGCCUGAUGCGCAUAAUAACAUUAUCGUCCGCCGUAUGUUCGCCAACGCGCACGGCUGGCCUGUUGUCAAGCAUCUCGUGGAUGCCCACUUCAGCGAUGCUGCUGCUGCUCGGCUGCCCGAUAAGAACGAGCAGAGCCAGGAGCGCGCCAAGCCCAUGCAUGAGCAGCCCGACGAGACGGGCGCGGAGACCAAGCAGGCAAAGCCGCAGACCGAGACUCAGCACGCCAAGUCAGGAGAUGGAGCGGGUGCAGGGGAUGAGCAAGACGACGCGGCAGACCUGUCUCGUUAUGAAGAAAUGCCUACCUCUCCAUCGGAAGACCGCGAGGCUGAGGAUGCUGUGCCUGACCUUCCCAAUCCCCAUGCGCCAUCGCUACAUAGCUCGCAAUCGCAUGAUACACAUUUGCAUUUGGGAGGCUCCCCUGGAUCACCGCCACGACCUAGCUACGACCGUCUCGACUCCGUAACGUGGAGCGACCGCGACUGGGCCGACAGCGACAACGAGAGCGAGGACAUGGAUUCCCUUGCCUACGGUGCCGUGCGGAAGACCUCGAGCGAGGAGAAGCAUAAAGAGAAGGGCAAGGACGUCGAGAGGGCCGGCAGCCCUGUCUGGAACUGGACCGAGAAGAUCGUGGGCAAAGGCGCCGCUGGGAAGGGGCGAAAGAGCCCGGCGCCGAAGAGUCCUGGCGUCGAGCCGCAGGACGCCGCAGGACAAUCCUGA